UGCGCACUACGGCUGACCCCUCCGGUUUCUGCGUGCAAUGCCACGUUAGUAGCGGUAGACACAAAAUACCAGCUACUCUCCCAACCUUAAACAAGGCAGAAAACCAAAACUGAGACCAAUUCCUCUGCUAAACCGUAACCGACCGUGUCUACACCUCUAGGCUCUCUGUCAGGAAGAACACUCGACAGCAACUAUGUUGAAGUUUUUGCUCAUCUGCACACUGGCUGUGGCCAGCAGGGCUGAGGUCGCUGAAGAAGAAGAUGUCCUGGUGCUGAAGAAAAGUAACUUCGACGAGGCUCUCAAAGCUCACCCCAACAUCCUGGUUGAAUUCUAUGCCCCAUGGUGUGGUCACUGCAAGGCCCUGGCUCCAGAGUAUGCCAAGGCGGCUGGCAUGCUGAAGGCCGAGGGGUCAGAGAUCCGCCUGGGUAAAGUGGACGCCACAGAAGAGACUGAACUGGCACAAGAGUAUGGCGUCCGGGGAUACCCCACCAUCAAGUUCUUCAAGGGUGGCGAGAAGGAGUCACCCAAAGAGUACUCUGCUGGGAGGCAGGCAGAUGACAUCGUCAGCUGGCUGAAGAAGCGCACAGGCCCUGCUGUUGCCACCCUUGCCGGGGUCACCGAGGCCGAGUCUCUGAUUGCUGACAGUGAGGUGGCAGUCAUCGGAUUCUUUAAGGAUGCUGAAUCUGCUGGUGCUAAGGCCUACGCAAAAGCAGCUGAAGCCAUAGAUGACAUUCCCUUCGCCAUGACCUCCGAUGAUGCUGUUUACUCCAAGUUUGAAGUGUCCAAGGACAGUGUUGUCCUCUUCAAGAAGUUUGAUGAGGGGCGCAAUACCUUUGAUGGAGAGCUGACCAAAGAGAAACUCCUGGCUUUUGUCAAGGCCAACCAGCUGCCUCUGGUCAUUGAGUUCACUGAGCAGACUGCCCCUAAGAUCUUUGGUGGAGACAUCAAGUCCCACAUCCUCAUGUUUCUGCCCAAAGCCGCCUCAGACUUCCAGGACAAAAUGGACCAGUUCAAGAAAGCCGCAGAGGGAUUCAAGGGACGGAUCCUGUUCAUUUUCAUUGACAGCGACGUGGAUGACAACCAGCGCAUCUUGGAGUUCUUUGGCCUGAAGAAAGAGGAGUGCCCAGCCAUCCGCCUCAUCACCCUUGAGGACGAGAUGACCAAGUACAAGCCAGAGAGUGACGCCAUCACAGCGGAGAGCAUCACUGCAUUCUGCACACUGUUCACUGAGGGCAAACUCAAACCCCACCUCAUGAGCCAGGACAUCCCUGAAGACUGGGACAAAAACCCUGUCAGUGUUUUGGUGGGCAAGAACUUUGAGGAGGUCGCCUUCGAUCCCACUAAGAAUGUCUUUGUGGAAUUUUAUGCACCUUGGUGUGGACACUGCAAACAGCUGGCUCCCAUCUGGGACAAGCUGGGAGAGAAGUAUAAGGACAGUGCUGACACCAUUGUGGCAAAGAUGGACUCCACAGCCAAUGAGAUCGAGGCAGUGAAAGUCCACAGCUUUCCUACUCUUAAGUUCUUCCCUGCAGGAGAAGACCGCAAGGUGAUUGACUACAAUGGAGAGAGAACACUGGAAGGCUUCACCAAGUUCCUAGAGAGUGGUGGUAAGGAGGGCGGCGCCCCGGCAGGAGACGACGAUGACGACGAUCUGGAUGCAGAUGAUCUGGAUGAUGUGGAUGAAGGACAGGACGAGGACUCUGAUGGUGAGGAUGGAGGUGACGAUGAUGGACACGAUGAGUUGUAAGAGCUGGCAGAGGAGAGAAAGAGAGAGAGGAGACGAGUCCCGCCCCAACCCUUCCACCCAGUCACCAUCACUACCUUCACUUCCUUGUGGACCUUCCCUGUCCUGUGAACAUUAAUACUUCCCCUUUUAACUGCCUCUCAGUCAGUCAGUCAGUCAGUCAGUCAGUCAGCCGGCCUGUUAGCCAGCUUGCCAGUUAGUCAGUCAGUCCAUCAGUAGCGUGGCAGGGCCUUUUUUUACCAGCCACAUCUCCAACCUCACAACUUCUGGCCAGACUGGUCUUGUCCCACCUGGGGGGACUCUGUGGAACAGCGCACCACCUCUAUGAGAGACCUCAAUGCCUUCUCUACAAAGCUCCACAUCAGCUGUUUGCCUUGUAUAUUUUAAACCAAAUGUAAAAAUGGCAUUGAGAUCUAGUUUUCAAAGUUUGUUUUUCUUGAUGAAUUGCUCCCCUCCUCUUUAAAAACACCUCACCAUCUUUCAGUGUGGGUAUGAGCUAAAUGAGUGUUGUAACCUGUAUUUGUAGGUAAGGGGGGUGCCAGUGUUCUUCUCCCUCUGAUAGAAGUCUAGAGGACCAGUGUUUUGUGUGGUGGUUUUGUAAGGACUGAACUCUCAGGGGACAAGGGGCCAUCCUGUAGAUGUUUUUUUUUUUUUUUUGCAAUAUGUUCACUAAAAUACACCCCACAGAGCUUGUCUAGUGUGGCACAAAGCCCCCCUCCCCCCAAUCUGUAGCUGAGACCAAUAAUUUUCUUUCUUUUGGUGUGGGUUGGGGAGGGGGGUGGGGGGUUAUGUUACUUUAUUUUCAUUUCCUUCAUACAGUCUCCUCAUUUCAGCAUGGCUACUGACUAUUUUCUAAAAGGAACAAAGCUUAACUCUUUGGGGAAAUCCUAUUUUAUUUAAUUGCUUUCACUAUGAGUUUUUUGUUUUUGGUUUUUUUUUUCUUCUUUUUUUUUUAUUUAGGACUUGUCAUUUUUAAUGAUGUACCAUUGUGCCCAGCUGUAGCCAGUUGGCCCUGUUGGGGCAGAGUUGGCCCUUGGACAUACUCUCAGGCCUGGGAUGGUUUUUGGAGCCAGUUCUGAUAGGUCGCACUGCAUUCAUGCCUAAUCAGAGAUUCAUUGUGGUUACUAAAGCAGACAGAGAUUGGUACAGUUUACUGGUCAGGUUGGUCUGAGAGAA